AUGUCUCUAUUUAAAAGAUUAUCUACCUAUCUUGGAUACAACAAUAGUGAACCAUCUAAACUACUAGAGUUCUCUGGAUACUUUUAUCAUUAUCAUAAGGGCCAAUGGAGUUGUUUAUUCAACGAUUGUGAAUUAGUAAUAUUAAAAAAGAGUGAUGGAAAGUAUAGUUAUGCAAUUCAAGUGACUCGUGUAGUAGAGGAUGAAAACGAUAUUAAAGAGGGUGAUGAAGAUGACCCCAAUUCAUACGAAUUCCCUAUUACUGUGGGACUAGAGUUGUACAAGGAAGAGGGACCACUAGGUGGAGUCGCUUUCAGCUGGAAGGGAACUCGUAGCAGAUUCCUCUUUGAGUUUGAAAGAGAUUCAAUCUCUGCUGAAUCCGAUGCAUCUAGAUUACAAUUACUACUAUGUCAAUGUAUCUAUGAAGCUUUCUAUCAACAACAUCAUACAACUGGUUCAAUUAAUGAAAUUGAAAAUUAUUGCAGAGAAUGCAAAACAGAGAUUCAUAAACCACUAUCAACCAAUGUAAAUACAAUUGAAGCAAAGAGAGUUGAAGUGCCAAAAGAAGAAAAACAAGAGGAAAAAGAAGAAGAAGAGGAGAAACCUUAUUAUCCUAUACAUGAUUUGGUUGUUGAACAAGUAGCUCAACCAUCUACACCACCACUAACUGCAACAACAGUAACUUCAACUUCAACACCACUACAAACCAAUCCAACUGGAACUGAAUUGUUUAGACGCCAUGUUUCAUUGUAUUUAGAAACUGGAAAUCAAUUCAAUUUAAAGGAUUCCGACGUUUUUGUAUUAUUAAGCAAUACUCAAUUAAAAAAUCAUAAAUCUGUUGAAUAUACAUUUUAUAUUGUAAAGAAUGAAUUGGUCGUACUUUCACAAAUUAUAAACUCUGAUAUGUUUCCUCAUUUUUUUAAUGAACAAAAUUCAUUUAUUUGGUAUUCAUCAUAUGGUAAUAAUUAUAGUAGAUGGAGUAUUAGAUUUGAUUCAUUAGAGGAUUAUGAAGCAUUUAGAACAAAGUUUGCAGUUUUGCAAUACGAGGCUUUGAACCAAACAAAAUUCACUGGUAAAAAGGAUGAUGUUGAUUUCAUGGCUCAAGCAAUGACUGAAGACAAACAAGACCCAAAUGUCAUCUUUGAUACCGAUGAUGGUUUCAAUGCAAAGGAUCUUGAAGAUUUCGAUGAUCUUGAUAUCUCUUCUGAUUUUACUCCAGAAGAAGCUCAAUAUAAUGAAAUGGAACAACAAAUGAAUGAUCAAAUGGAUGAAAGUGAAGAAGAUGAAGAAGAGGAAGAAGAUGAAGAGGAUGAAGAAAGCGAGGAGGAAGAGGAAGAAGAAGAGGACGAAGAGGAAGAAGAAGAACCAUCUCCAUACAAACCACCAACCAAACCAACUCCACAAGAACAAAAGAAAAUUGUUCCACCUCCACAACCACAAGAAGAAAGCGAAGAAGAAGAUGAAAGUGAAGAAGAAGAAGAAGAAAGCGAAGAAGAAGAAGAGGAAAGUGAAGAGGAGGAAGAAGAACCAAUUGUUUUACCAAAGAGACCAGUUCAAAGACAAAUUCAAGAAAGUGAAGAUGAAGAGGAGAGUGAAGAAGAAGAAGAAGAAAGUGAAGAGGAGGAAGAAGAAGAAGAAGAACCAAUAGUUGUAUCAAGAAAAACACCAAUUAAAAGAAGAACUAUUGAAGAAAGUGAAAGUGAAGAUGAAGAAGAAAGUGAAGAAGAGGAAAGUGAAGAAGAAGAAGAGGAUGAAGAUGAAGGAAUUCAAUUUUCAGAGGAUUUGGCCAAAGCAAAGAAUAGUGAAUUACUUGUUGGUUACAAGGAUCGUUCAUUUGUUGUAAGAGGUUCAUCCAUUGGUGUAUUUACUACCGAAGAUAAUGACGUUAAACUCAAUUCAAUGAUCCAAAGAGUAAAGGAUAGUAAAGGAAAACAAUUUUCACCAAAAAAGAUGAUGUUACAACAACAAGAUAGUUCAUUAUUAAUGUUAAAUAAGGAUCAAAGAUCCAAAGUAUUUAAACUUGAUUUACAUAGACCAGAUGUAGUACAAGAAUGGGAUAUGAAAUGGAAGGAUCAACCUACUCCAAUCAGCUCGAUCUUUCACAAGACCAAGUUUGAUGAGACUACCAACGACCAAACAUUUGUGGGUAUCAAUGGAAACGGUAUGUUUAUGGUAGACCCACGUGCCAGCCGUGACAAGGUGGUUAGCAAGUUCCAAGGUGCCGCCACGAUGAGCUCUUUGCAUACUUGUGCUGCCACAUCGGCUAAAGGCCAGAUUGCAGUAGCCACCAACAAGGGUGAGAUCAAGUUAUUCUCGUCCAACCAAUUUGACCCAUCUCGCAAGAGUGUCACUAACCAGAACCCAGCCGGUCCACAACUACGUAGCAAGACUACGUUGCCAGGUAUUGGUGAUGCCGUCAUUGGUAUUGAUACAACAGCCGACGGCAAGUGGAUUGUAGCCACGUGCAAGACCUAUCUCAUGAUUGUCCCCGUCGAGACCAAGGACGGAGUCAAUGGGUUCGAGUCGCGUCUCUCGGCACAAAACAGACCACUUCCCAAACGUCUCAUCCUCAAGCCAGCCGACAUUAAGCGUCUUGGCGGUCAAAUCUCCUUCACACCCGCCAAGUUUAACGUCGAUUUGGUCAACAACAAUAAUAGCGAGACUUCUAUCGUCACGUCGAGUGGUCGUUUCUUGAUCACUUGGAACUUUAGAAAGAUCAAACAAAACAUCUUGGACAUUUACCAAAUCAAAGAGUACAAGCAUGAAAUCGUUGCUGAUCAAUUCAAAUUUAACAAGGAUAAUUCAAUUGUUGUCACUUUACCAAAUGAUGUAAUCAUGUCAAAAAAGAAAUAA